AUGACGCACUCGGGGGACCAGGACGAUCAAUUGUUUAUCAUGGAGUCCAGAGAUGAUAAAGAAGCAGCCGAUGGCCAACACGUUGAGCCAUCCGCCGCUAACGGAUGUCCCUCCGAUCCACGACACGAGACCGCCGUGCCUCCAGAGAACAUGGAUGUGGAUGAGGAGGAUUUGUUCAAACACUCCACCACUCUGACCAACAAGCAGCGGGGGAAUGAGGUAACAGUGAGGCCAGCAACAUUAGAUGCUCUGUCCAUACACCAGUUAGCCGCCCAGGGUGAAGUCUCACAAGUGGCCGCACAUCUGAGUAAAGACAUUUCUCUGCUCAGCAGCCAGGACGAGCGGGGCUUUACUCCUCUGAUGUGGGCAGCCGCCUUCGGAGAGAAAGCGGUGGUGGACUUUCUCUUGGAGAAGGGUGCAGAUCCAAAAGCAAUCGCAAGGGAGAGAGAGAGCGCCCUGACACUGGCCAGCUCCGGGGGUUAUGUGGACAUUGUCGAGUCUCUUCUCAGACAUGGAGUGGACAUAAACACCUAUGACUGGAAUGGAGGAACUCCUCUCCUUUAUGCUGUACGAGGGAACCACGUCAAAUGCGUAGAGGCAUUACUGGCAAAAGGAGCUGAUAUGACCAUCGAGUCAGACUCUGGGUAUAGUCCAAUGGCUUUAGCCGUCGCCUUGGGACACAAAAAAAUUCAGAAAGUGUUAGAGGACCACAUCCUGAAACUCUACAAGCCUACAACAUGA